GUUUUGUUUGAAUAAUUUAGUAUAUUGUACUUAUUUUUUACACGUGUUUUUAAUUAAAUUUCAUAUUGGUUUGAAAGUACGAUCCAAACAACUUUUUCCUCUUAAAAUGUUAUAAGGAUUUAAAAUUAUUUUUUAUACUUUCAUCCAUUCCGGAAACGUGAAAAUAUGAGAGACCCUAAGACGUUGUUAUUUGUUUUUGGAUUAUACUUACAAACAUGUUUAGCAGAAAACAUAGAAACUACUAAACAUGGAUAUAACACCGAUGCAAGUGAUAAGAAGGUGUCGAAAAGAGAUUAUUAUGCACCAGAAUACAAUCAUGAUCAUUAUUCAUAUCCGGCUUACCGUUUCGAGUACGGCGUCCACGACCCACAAACCGGUGACAUAAAAAAACAGUACGAAGAACGAGACGGGGACACGGUGCGCGGCUACUACAGUCUGGUGGAACCAGAUGGUUCGAUUAGGCUGGUCGAGUACACGGCUGACGCAAAAAACGGUUUCCAGGCCAUAGUUAAGAAGAUAGGAAGUUCGCAUCACCCGAACACAGUGACCCAUCAUCUCAACACCGCUAACGACCACCACAGCGGCGACGGUGGUUACGCGCCCAACUACCAYGGCGGUGAUCAGGACUAUCACCACCAUCUGCAGCAGCCGUCGUUGCCGACCGUCAACGACGAUCAUCAGUACGAACUGCCCGUUUACUCGAAUCACUACGAACCGCCGCAACCACCCGCUUACGACGGUCACUACGAAUCACCUGCGCACGGCUACGACAAUCAUGAGUAUCACCAUCAGCAGCAGCAACUGCCGCCGUCCGCUUACAAUCACUACGAACCGCCGCUGGAGCCCGCCGUGCAUAAUCACUUCCAACACCCGCAGUCGCACGGCGCGUCUUACGAUCACUACAAACCACCGCUGCAGGUGGUAGUGCCGGCCGGUCACGGCGAUCAUCACUUCGAACCGCCGGCGGCGCAUCCGGAACCGGCAGACUUCGAACACGGUUCGCCGCUUCCGCCGCUCUUCGCCGCCGGUCUGCCCACCGCUCACGGCGACUACGGCAGCGCGUCACCGGAAGAAUACUAUUCCGCGCCCCUGCAGUUUCCGGUAACGUCCCACGAGUCUCACUUCGAGUGGCCCGCCAAGAGCGGUAGCGACGACGUCGACGACGACGGCCACGACGUCAAUGACCCACACCAUCGCGGUCAUCUGCAGGACGAAUACCAAUUUCCAGCAGUCAACGAGCAUAGUCAUCUGCAGGGUGCCGCGGCCAAAGUUGCUUCAGGCGAACGGCCCGAGUAUCUGAGGAAGUAUUUCGAACCCAACUACCGAGGCCAUGUCGCUGCCGUCAACAGUUUUUACGACGACGACGAAUGAAGUAAUGUAUUUACGUGUAGGUUUGUGCGUAUAGUAUAACAUAAUAUAAGACGAGCUCACAAUUUACCUGCAUUACGAUGUACGUGUGUGGUACGACAAUAAAAUGACAAUGGUUAAAUGCACACAUUUAUUGAUUUAUAGGAAACCUCAUUUGAUGUUUUGUAUGAAUUUAAUAUAUUUUUAUUUCAAAAUUUGUAUAAUAUAGGUAAUUUAAAAAAAAAAAACUGCUUGUGGAGAAACGGAUUACAAUACAAUUAAAUUAAAUUAAAAUUUCACCUAAUACCUACUGCACAUAAUUGUGCUUAACCGUCGAAAUUAUAAUUACCUACAGUAAUCGUCAAAAAUUAUAUACAUUAUUUAAUAUGUUUUUGCUCGAUUUAAUAAUUUCUUCUUGUUUCAAAACCGUUGAAUAAUAAUUCAUCGCCACUCCGAUACGACUGUCUACCAGUACGUUUUAUACGAUUCGUAUUUAAAGCAUAUACUAAUAACGCUGUGUCCUACGUAAACGCGACGAACGCGGCGAGUGCGAACGAAUUCUAUCCUGACCAUGCUGUUCCUUUUUCGCGUCGCGACGCGAUSCGACGAAAUACAAGCUGUUUUGUUUUUUGCCGCGUUCACGUAGGACACAGCAUAAGUACAACAAUAAUCGAACGCCUAAAAUAAAAAUAUAUUAUUAUUCUAAUCUUUGGGCACACACCUUCUACUUGCUAGUUUAUUUUUCAUUACAUUUUUAAAAAUAAUUCCAAUGGGUAAUUUAUUAUUCAAUUAAAAUGUAUUAUAAAAUUUCUUCCAAAUAGUUUUCUAAAACUUGCUUCAUAAGAAUCGAGAUAUUAGUUUAUGUUAUACGCAAUAAAUAUGUAAAUCUAAAAAUAUUGAGUUGCGAGCUUGUAUGAUUCUUCAUUACUUUGAUACCUAGUAAAAUUCCUCUGAUAAUAUGCAGUUUAAGUUUUCAAACAUUUUCGGUGAUUAUUCUGGUUUACUCUGCCAUACAAAUAUAAAUUAUUUCUAAAUAUAUUAAGCUAGUACGUACAAUUCCACAGUACCUAAUAAUCGUAAAGGAUUUUAUUUAUCUAGUUAUUAUGUUGUGACAUGAAGUAAAAAUAAACAUUUUCUUUCAAUCGAUUAUGAAAAAUAGCCAACCAAUAAUCCGUAAAAAUAUUUAAAAAAUAAAAAUAGACGUUUAAAUGAGAAGACACAUUAUUUAGAUGUUAUGUAUAAAUCUAUAAUAUAUAUUAAAGCAGUAUUAACUAUUAAGUAAAUAAUUCAAUCAAGUUAGAUUUAGGUGAAUAAAAAACAAAGAAAAAAUAUUCUGGAGGAGAGCAAUCGCCACGGUGUUAAUUUCUUAUUUUUUUUUUUGAAAAUUGAUGCCUGUUUGUCCUAUUCUCUAGAUCUCAUGUUUUAUGUAUUAUUCAAAUCGAAGAAAAUGUUAUAUAAAUACAUUAUACAUCAUUUUUUCAAAAAUCUAUACAAUCCAAAGUAGAGUUAAAACACCUGAAAUUUAAAAUAUUACUUAGUUAGUAAUUAAUUGUAAUUUUAUAAAUUUUUAUUGUGCUCAACAUUUGUUUAAUUAAUUUUGACUAUAUUCACUCAUUGGAAAACUGACACUAGUACACUACUAAUAUAUUACUUAGGUCUAUUUUACCACAAUUUAUUAAAAUUUCUUGCUAAAUACAAUGACUGUUAAGUUUUAGGGUAUUAUAUAGGUAUUAAURAAAUUUUCAUGAGAAAAAAACUAUUAUUUACGAAAAACGAUACUGAAUUAACAGUCUGAACAUAAAAAAAAUAUUAUAAUUUAAUCUAGUGACGGAGACAAGUCACCUAGUAUCUAAAUGUGCAUUCUAAUGUUAAAAAAUGUGUGAUACAGUAAUUAUUGUAAUUAAUUUAUUGAAACUGCAACUAAACGAUUCUACAUASCUAAUAAUAUCAUAGACAAACUUUUACUCGUAAUAAAUUGAGUAACAUUUUUGGCAUUUGCUAUAAACUGUUUAUAAAAUUUAUUAAUAUAAUAAGUAUUCUACAAUUUACUGCCUAUUGUAAGUCGCAGCGUUAAAUAAAACAUUCCAUUUAAAUAUUUAAUACGCUAAACAUAUUAUAUUAUUAUAAUUGUAAGUUUUAACUCGUGUACAUUUUAAAUGUUUAUAACAAGAAUGUGAUAGUGUUAUUAACACUAUAAAAUACGUAUAUAAAUUAUACAUUCAAUUAUCAUAGGUGUUACAAUUUAUAUUGGCAUGAUAAAAAGUUGACCAUAAUGUAAGGUCUUGUCCUGCUAUAUUAUUAAAUAUUACUUUUAUUUUAUUAUUUUUUUAUUUUAAUCAUAAUAUUAUGUUCAAGACA